GGGGACAAGUAGCGCAAGAAGCUUUCUUCCAACGUUUCUCGUGCACUAUAUUUUCUGUUUUGUUUCAAUAAGAAGGAUAAACUGUAAUCAUCUUUUUCUUUAAUCCUUGAGAUCCCCCAUCAUGCUGGGUAGAAAGAUUAUCAGUGGCUCUAUAACAAUCUCGCGAUCAGCGAUUUUCUUACCCAAGAAUUCAAUGCACAUGAGGUUGCCAACCCGUGGCGCUCUGGCUUCGACUUUUAUGUCUCGAGAAUAUCAUGAUGAUGUAAUUUCAAAGUCCAGGCCGAAAAUGACUGCAGAGGAGAAAACAGCAGUGAAGGAUGCAGAGGGGCCAAAUAUUGAGAGGUCAACUGAAGUGGCGAGAAAUAAGGUAGAUGGAAAAAUGGGGAGAAGUCCGAAAAGAGGAGGAAGACAAUUGCGGAAAUGGAUGAAGAGUUAAGGGCGAAGAUGGAAGGAAGAGAGGGUGCAGCUGGGGUUUCGUAUGAAGGAGGAAAGCCGGUGACCGAUGGAUUUGGUAGGGGAGUGAAGAGUAACAUGUUCAGGGUCAUUUGAGGAGGUCAAGGUUAAGUUUGCAUGGAAGUAGUGGAGGAGAAAAGUCCCAGUGGAAUAGAACGAUGAAGAAGUGAGAGCUUGGGACUUCACAAUAUACGAAUGCCGAAGUCUAUAUUGCAUUACUGCAAUGUCAAACUAUUCACACUGUCAACGAAACUCGUCAAAUCGACAUUUCGAGUGUCUCAAUACAUUUCCAAUAAUGGAAGUCGCUUUGAAACGAUUAAAAUGCUGCAUGCUCUCAAGUUAAGAAGGCUCGGGUUCACACGCCAUUUUAUUCACAAGAGAUUCCCCUUUAAUAAAUGCAGUCAUGAGAAGCCACGGCCGUGUCUCGACUACCUUCGCAAAUCCCUAAGAAAUUCAUGUCUCCAAUUCUAUCAAUUACAAUACCUACACGUCAUUAUCUAUCAAAAAAUGUGUCUUUGCUUAUUCUGGCUCAAAUGCAAAUGUAAGAUCGUUCGUCAAGACCAGAAUGGCAGUCGCAAUCAACAUGACCUUGAUGAUCGAAUAUCUCAAUCUGAGAGUGCUUCACAUUCAACGCGUUUAAAGGGGGUCGAAAAAAAGAAUUACAACACAAUGAGGCACCUUCAUUCUCGUAAUUCAAAUGAACAAAAACACCCCAAUAACGUUACCCAAAGGACGGAUUCUGGGCAUCGAAAAGAAUGGUGGUGCGAAAAUAUCUCAUAUACCAAGACUGAGAAGAACGAAGACUGUCAGGAUUACGAGAGACUCAAGAAGGAACACAGGCUUGUGAACAGGAGAAAAGAUGGACGAUAGCCUGGAGCUGGAAGCGGGGAGCGUUAACUCAUUAGACAGAUAUCCUCAGAUAUAACUUUGGGCUUUCAAGAGUGAAAAGAUAGCCGCUAACGGAGACCUCAGCGGACACUUCAGAGACGGAAAGCCACUAUCACAAAAAGAAAAAGCUCAAUCUGAGGAUGAUGACGGUCUUGGUUCUUGCAAAAGGUCUUUGCGGGCUUUGAUGGAGAAACGGUGACCAAAUAAUAAGCGCGAUAAAUUCGUGUGCGUUGUUGAGAAGAUGACGUUGGUAAUGAAUGAGUUAGAAGAAUAUAUGGCUUCAUAUGUCUUUUGGUUUCUCUUCUUCCAAGAAUGAGAAACUCGGAGAGGAUAACUCGGAGGAGAAAUUGAAUGCUGCAGAAUUUGCAGCAGAAUUUGAAAAUAAAUUGAUUGAAUUAGAUUAACUAUGCGCGUCUCGAUAUUGCGCCUUUGGAGGGGGAUCGUUCCAGCUUUGAACUACUCGAGCUGCACAAGAAGAUUUUUCUAGUCAAACGCGCGCCUGGGAAUGGAUGCAUUUUGCGCGACCAUCGGUACCAGCGUAACUUUUGCAUAGAUUUCUGAAGUGUUUCCGAGUGAUUAGAUGUCUGGGUAGUGAAAGCGAUUGUAUAAAUUCGAGGUUGGCACAGAUUUAAGCAUGGCGUCAUUAGAGCUGUAUAACUGAGGUGUAACAUCGAAUUCUUGAACGCUUUGUGUUUAAAAAGAAUGCAUAACCUGGCUUGCUUCAUGCCAGCACAGCCCUAUGUAGCAUGGAAUAGAGUAAGGGGAACAACAAGAGGAUAGAAUACAUUGAGAAGCGAACAUAGGAUAAGAACAGUGUAGACAACACAAAAAUCAAUGCCACUAUCUUUAAAUCUUGAUCCA